AAGAAAAAGUUGAAGAAUUUUCUUCGUUUCUAUUUUCAGGAAUUUUCGCAGUAAGAAUUCUUCUAAAUCUUUUAAAUUGUUGAAACUUGUCUCUUACUUGCCAUUUACGAUAAGAAAGUUGUGCAGAAGAAGCAAUUGCUGCGAUGGAAGCAUUAAUCGACGAAGUAGAAUCGCUUGAAGCGAUUCUUAUGGAAGAUGUACAAAUUACUCGAAAUCCAGAUACAAAUUUUCCGGAAUUGAUAGAGACAACUGUUUUUCCGACAACUUGUGAAGACACGGAGCGCCAAUAUGUCUGUAUUACCCUUCAAAUUAUGCCAACCAAAGAGUAUCCGGAAACAAAACCGGAUUUUAAGCUUCGAAAUCCCCGAGGACUUGACGAUGCGUGCAUCAAUGCAAUUGAAAAAGCAAUUAUUGCGAAACUUGAUGAGUCCAUUGGAUUGCCCGUCGUGUUUGAUCUCAUCGACUUGAUUCGGGAAUGUUUGACGGAAAGCAAUGUUCCAACGGGACAGUGUGUCAUUUGUUUGUAUGGCUUUCAAGAAGGCGAUGAUUUCACAAAAACUUCCUGUUAUCACUAUUUGCACAGUCAUUGUUUGGCUAUUUGGUUGCAAAAUGCCAAACGAAAUUUCAACGAUGAACAAAGUAAGUUACCAAAUUGGCAACGUAGCGAAGCGAAACCCUUUCAAAGUUCAUGUCCUGUGUGUCGCGAGCCGAUUGACAUCGAUAUCGAACGUUUGAAGGAAGCCAAGACGCCGCAAGAGCUCGAAAAUGCGCCACAAUUCACGCUCACAGAGGAACUGAAACAAUUGCAAGCGGAAAUGACAAAACUUUUUUUGCAUCAGAAGCAAAAUGGAGGCAUCAUUGAUACGAGUGUCGAAGAUAAGACAUUGAUUGCAAUUGAUCCGGAAGGCGCUGCGAACGAACCAAAGAGGAAACCUGCGCCUCCGCCCCAGACUGACUCUGCCAAAAUUCGCUCAAAUCAACAACCAUCAAAUUCCGCACAAAAGAAGCAGCAACAACAACAAGACGACGAGAACGAAUCGGAAGAAGAUGAAGUUGAUGACAGGAGACGUCGUAUUGGAGGGCGCCGAGAUCGUUAUUACAAUCACAAGGGCAAACGCAACUACGGUCGACAUCGCAAUCAUGACAGCAAUCGGUGACAAUUAUCCUGCAAUCGCACACUUGUCGCAGCUUUGUGUCACUUUUUCGGCGCCGAGGAAGAAGUGAGCCCAUGUCAUUUGCUAUGGCUGAACAAUUUCAGCCAUCAACUCAUAUAACAUACGAACAUUGACCUCUUGGAAUAUCAUGCGUUGUUAAAAUUGUGAUAUUUUUGGUUAACUAUUAUUAUUUGCUUGAUUUGGAUUAUUCGAAUAAUUUUAGUUAGUGAACGAUUUGUUAACGAAUUUCCUAUUAGUUAGUUGUAAUUGACUUCAAAUAUACAUUUUUUUUUUGUAUAUUUUUACCCUUUUACAAAGAAAAAUAGACUUUAAUUAGUUAGUCAAUUACUAAAUAGUAUAAUUCUUAAAAAAUAAAUAAUUAUUGCAAAAGUGACUCUUCCACGAAUUUAAUUUAAAUUCGAUUACGCUUAUCUUAAAAUAUAAGACAGAACAAAAACUCGAAACGUGACAAGUUUUCGCGAACGUAACGUAAGAUACCUAAUAUAAUUUACGUUAAAAAAGUUGUUGACUAUAGAGAUAAAGUGACAUAUUUUUAGGAGACAUUCGAUUCUAAACAUCCAUUAAGGUAUGCGAUAUCGUGAGUUUUUACAAUGAAACACCCCGAAUAUGCAAAUUUCGUAUUAUUAUAAUUUCAUUAAAAAAUUCCUUAUUUAAUAAGUAUCAAUCAAUGAUUUUAUAAUUUAUUUAUAACAAAUGAUAUUCUCACACAAGUGGUUGAUAUUCUGAAACUGGGCAUAUAGAGCAAAAGUAAAACAUAUACUUAAUCAAUUUACAUUAAAAAUUAAUAUAAAACACAAGAAAAAUCAAAUAUUAAAAUUAAUCAUAAAUAACACAAUAAUACGUCAUACAAAAAAUGGUUACAUUUUU